CGGACAAGCUAAUUUUCCGCGCCGGAAAUGCUGCUGAGAACGCGAGGCGGGCGUUGUUGAGCGCUGCAAGAUGGGGAAACAGAAGAAAGCAAAGAAGUAUGCCGUCAUGAAACGUAUGAUCAGCCUUCGUGACCAGAGAAUCAAAGAGAAAGACAGAGUAAAAGCCAAAGCAAAGAAGAAGGAAGAUCCCAGUGCAAUCAAAGAGAGAGAGGUGAUAGCAAAAGACCCACGAUUUGAGCGCUUGCCAUGCACCCACAAAGGAACCUAUGCAGAUGACUGUUUGGUACAGAGAGUCACUCAGCACAAGUGUUACAUAGUGGCUACUGUAGACAGAGACCUCAAACGAAGGAUACGAAAAAUUCCAGGAGUCCCAAUAAUGUAUAUUUCUAACCACAGAUAUAACAUUGAACGGAUGCCUGAUGACUAUGGAGCUCCCAGAUUUUAACCAUCUAUUGGAAAGAAUCCAAGUCAACCCUGCUAUGUCAUAUUGCCAUAUUCCAGAACACUGAACUGAUCACUUCCUCUGUUUCUAAUUUACUUCCUCUGGAGCAGGACUGCUUUCUUAGACAGGUCUCUUCAGGAAAAAAAUGCCAUCUAUUCCCAUGCCUUGUGUUCCAGAAUAAAUACUCCUUAUUAUUUAAAA